ACGAAUUCAUAUUUACCAACAAAUGAAAGUGAGGGAAGAACGACCGGUAGAAAAUCAGAUUGAGACAACUAUAUAUUGAGAGAGAGCUAACACCAGAGAAAGUUAAUUUAAGGUCACAAAAACUUUUUCAAUCCUGACCGCUCGGUUCUAAGUGAACCUGAGGAAAAAGUGAAAAAGAGAGCUUGAUAUUCUGAAGGGGAGGGAGCUGGGAAUAUAAUUUGUGAUGGCUGGAUCAGAAUGGUGGAGAUCAGGAUUGAUUGAAAUGGUUUUGAUUGGUUUUCUGCUUAUAGCUCCUGUUUUGGUUUCUGCAAAAGGAAGUGUAGAGCUAGAAGAUUCAAGGAACAAUGUAAAAGAAGAGGUUGAGACUGGUUUUGUUAUGAAAGUAUUGAAUUUCUUAUGGCAACAGGGUCGAUUGGGUUACACACAUGUUUGGCCGGAAAUGGAAUUUGGCUGGAAAAUUGUGGUUGGGACCAUAAUAGGAUUCUUGGGAGCAGCCUUUGGAAGCGUGGGAGGCGUUGGCGGUGGUGGCAUUUUUGUUCCUAUGCUCACCCUGAUUAUCGGGUUUGAUGAGAAAUCAUCAACAGCGAUGUCUAAAUGUAUGAUCAUGGGUGCAGCUGCUUCAAGUGUUUUCUAUAAUUUAAGGCAAAGGCAUCCCACACUUGAUCUGCCUGUCAUUGACUAUGACCUUGCACUUCUGUUUCAACCGAUGUUGAUGCUGGGGAUCAGUAUUGGAGUUGUUUUUAAUGUGGUUUUUGCUGACUGGAUGAUCACGGUCUUGUUAAUCAUCAUUUUCCUAUUUACUUCAACUAAGGCAUUCCUUAAGGGUGUUGAAACAUGGAAAAAGGAAACCAUAGUUAAAGAGGAAGCUGCUCGACGCUUGGAAAAAAGUGGUAAUGGUAUUGAAGAGGUCGAAUACACUCCUUUACCGGGAGGCCCGAGCAAUAACACUCCUUCAGAGACCAAGCAAUCUGAAAAGUCAGGGGUGUCUAUGCUUGACAAUAUUUACUGGAAGGAAGUUGGAGUUCUUUUUGCUGUCUGGGUCAUAAUCCUUGCACUGCAGAUUGCUAAGAAUUACACAUCUACUUGUUCAGUGGGAUAUUGGGUACUAAACUUAUUACAGAUUCCAGUAACAUUUGGAGUGAGUGCAUAUGAAGCUGUUAACCUAUACAAAGGAAAGAGAGUGAUUGCAUCAAAGGGAGAAAGCGGCACGAAUUGGAAAGUCCACCAGCUGGUUCUUUAUUGUUGUUGUGGCAUAUUAGCUGGUUUAGUCGGGGGGUUGCUUGGUCUUGGAGGAGGAUUCAUUUUGGGUCCACUUUUUCUGGAGUUGGGAAUCCCCCCUCAGGUAUCAAGUGCCACAGCCACCUUUGCCAUGACAUUUUCCUCAUCCAUGUCUGUCGUAGAAUAUUACCUUCUAAAACGUUUUCCAGUUCCUUAUGCUCUCUACUUUAUUCUUGUUGCGACCAUUGCUGCCCUUGUAGGACAACAUUUGGUAAGAAAGGUGAUCGCUAUAUUAGGGAGGUCAUCUUUGAUCAUCUUCAUCCUGGCUGCCACAAUUUUUAUCAGUGCUAUAUCACUAGGUGGGGUGGGAAUAGUAAACAUGAUUGAAAGUAUUGAGCAGAAGGACUAUAUGGGAUUUGAAAACCUCUGCACAUACGAAGCAUAAUGUAGAAAGUUUUUCCUUUUGACUUUCACAUUCUAAAAUUUUUAGGGGAUGCAUUUCUCUCCUUUAGCUUCAGAGUUGUUCUUAUACUCAGGAAUCUAAUUUUGGGUUCCUGAUGAGUAAUAAAUGGGGCUUGAUGCUGAACAUUUCAUAGUUAA